CUUUCACUCCUCGUCCAAGAAUAACGAAGGUUGACCGGUCAUUCAGUCGGACUCGAACCGCGACGCGAUGAUGACAUCCACUCCGCCCGUCGUCCUCCUGUUCUGCCUCCUCGCCGGGGCUCGGGCUCUCGCCGUCCUCCGCACCACGUCGGGGACCCUCACGGGGGUUUCCAGGGAUUCCGUGACGAUGUACCUGGGUGUUCCCUAUGCCGCUGCUCCGGUCGGGGAUAGGAGGUUCCAGCCGCCGGUGGACUUUGCGUCUUCGAAUCCUCGACUCGCUCAGAGCUUCGGUGACUCCUGCGUUCAGCCCGGUCACGCCGUGGACGUCAUGCACCCUCAGCUGACCCAACGAGAAGCGACCAAGGUCACGAGCGAAGACUGCCUCACUCUGAAUCUCUUCGUUCCCGCCGUUCCCGAGAAUUGUUCCUGCGAUCCCCUGCGUCCCGUCAUGAUUUGGAUCCCCGGAGAGGGCUUCAAUUACGCCGAUGCCUCCCAGUUCGACGCCUCUCAGAUGGCCGCUCAGGGGAACGUCGUCGUCGUGACCGUCAACUACAGAGUCGGCGUUUUCGGGUUCCUGAGCAUGGGGACGGAAGAUGCGCCUGGAAACGUCGGAAUCCAAGACGUUCUCUCCGCCCUGCGAUGGGUGAAACGCAACGCUCGAGCCAUCGGAGGAGACGCUCGAAGGAUCACGAUCUUCGGCCGUUUCUCCGGCUCCAUGAUCGUCUCCACCCUGCUGACUUCUCCCGCGGCGAAAGGUCUCUUCCAGAGAGCCAUCCUCCAGAGCGGCGUCGCCACGGGUCCCUACAUCGUGGAGAAGGAACCGGAGAAAGCGGUGAAGAGCCUGGCACACCGCCUCGGCUGCCCCCUCGACGACACCCUCCUCCCCUGCCUCAAGUCGGUGGACACCCAGACCCUCCUGCAAGAAUCCCAGUUCGUGGCCCAGCAAUGGAGGCCCGUCCUGGACGGCGUCGUCGUCCCUCGGGAUCCUCUCGAGGCCGCGAAGGGGAAGAAGGCGCACGAAGACGUGGAGGUCCUGAUCGGGGAGAACCGAGGAGACGGGUCUCUCUGCUAUCUCACUCAUUACUUCCUCAAUUCGUCUCACCACGGGAAGAUCGCGAACGACACCCUCGACGAGGAAGACUUUCAGGACCUGAUUCGAGAUCAUCUCCGCGAUUACUUGAAAGUGGACGAGCCGGCUCUGAUCGGGGCCGCCGUGCACGAGUACCACUACGCCCGGCCUUCGGAGUACUCCUUCCGGGACCAGUACUUGAACUUCUGUCGUCACAUGUACACGGGGUGGUCCACCGAAGCCUUUGCGAGAUCCUUGGCAUCUCAAGGCCUUAAGGUCUUCCGAUACGAAUUCGCCACCCGUCCCGGACAGUCCCGCCAGCCCGAUUUCCUCGGCGCCGCUUUCGGCGACGAAGUCCCGUUCGUAUUCGGCUUUCUUCAAUCGGGAGACGAGAAGGAAUUGGAUCUUCAGGAUUCCAUCGUCAAGUACUGGACUUCCUUCGCUGCCCACGGGGAUCCGAACGGGCAGGUGUCCGUGAACGCGGAGGAAUGGCCUCAAUUCGUGCCAGAAACCUGGUCGUACCUCGUCCUGUCCAAGGACGACCUCGGGGUGAAAUCCAGUUCGGAGACGAGAUCCCGGGAUCAUCAUUUCUGGACCGAGGUCAUCCCGUCCAUCCUCGGAGGUCAGAGGUCGUCGAGGAGGACGCCGUGCAGCCUCCUCGGCGACGUCCAGGGAGCGAAGGAGGACUCGGUGGAAUUCCCGCACGCCGAGCACCUCCUCCUCGGCCUCUCGGCCGCCACGCUCGUCCUCAUCCUCUUCACCGUCGCCUCCAUCUUCUGCCUCUUCCGCAUCUCGCAGAGAACGAAAUGAGAGACGAACGAGGGGCUUCGUCGUUCCGAGUCCGUGACUGUGAUAUCUUUCUCCCUCCCCUACUUUUAAAUUAUUCUGGAUUUCCUCGCGAUCGCAGGCUCUCUUCCUUAACGAGUACAAAUAUUCCUCGUGAGCCUGUUUUUUUUUUUUCUCGCCGUGUCUUUCGAUUUCUUUUCUUCCGGUCUCUGAGAGAAUUGGAUGAGCAUCAGUAUUACGAUUUCGAAAAUGCAAAGACCGGUCUGUUUCACCUGAAUGGGCAUUCCAAGUCAAAAUGUGUAAAUAAAGUGAUUUGAAUACGA